CAUACAUGCUAUAAGAACUGUGCAUAAAAUUAGAUUAACAUGUGGAAAAAGAUUGUAAAUUUAGGCUUGAAAGCUGCGGCUGUGACCAUUUGUGCUGUUGGAGCAUACAAAGUUUAUGUUCACUUCAGACGUGAAAUUAUAGACAUUCCCGAUUAUCGUGAGAGGCAAGAACUAGAAACCAAGAGGGAUAAUGUUUGCCAGAGAAGAGGUGAGGCAGACAAGUAUAUAUUUGCUUCCAUUUCAGAUGAAGAAACCAAUGAAGACGAUCAACUUGUAGAGACAAAUAAUAGAAAUCAGAAUGGUAAUGACAUCCCUUCCAGUAGUAAAAGAAAUCCUAGCGAUGAAGAAAGUAUAAAUCAUGAAUUAGAAAAACCACCAGCAACAAAUGCAGAAAUACUAACAUCAAAAAUACUUGAUGAGAUAAUCAAAAAUAGAUCAUGGGAUGAUGAAAGCAAUGAAAAUUCCAGUCCCAAUUACCUUGAGAGGCAAGAACUAGAGACCAACAGGGAAAAUGCAUGUCAGAGAAGAGGUGAGGUAGACACACUUGCUUCCAUUUCAGAUGAAGAAACCAAUGAAGAUGUACAACCUGUAGAGAUAAAUAAUAGAAAUCAGAAUGGCAAUGACAUCCCUUCCAGUAGCAAAGAAAAUCCAAGCAAUGAAGAAAGUACAAAUCAAGAAGUAGAAAAACCACCAACAACAGAUGCAGAAAUACUAACAUCGAAAAUACUUGAUGAGAUAAUCAAAAAUAGAUCAUGGAAUGAUGAGAAUGAUGAAAGCGAUGAAAAUUCCAAUGAUCUUCCCAGAUCGUUGGGAACAUAGCUUCCAAAUACAAACACCUGGACAGCAUCAUGCUGUCCACUUUUGUCCAAUCAAAUGAUAAAUUCAUCAUUUGAUUGGAUAUCAUGAACAAAUAUUAAAUAUGAAAUGACAAAACAAGUUAGAACUACUAUUGAAUAGCUCACCCCAUCUACACCUACAAAGCAUUUCUGCAUCGUUGAAGAAGGUAUAAAUCAAGAAGUAUAGAAACCACCAUAACAGAUGCAGAAAUACUAAUAUCACAUAAUUGAUGAUUGAGAUAAUCCAAAAUAAAUCAUGGAAUGAUGAAGAUGAUGAAAGCAAUGAAAAUUCCAACGAUCCUCCCAGAUCGUUGGGAACAUAGAUUCCAAAAAUAAAAACCUGGGCCAUGAAGUAUGAAGCUUAUGUACGCCAUAUAACUGACUAGUCUCAAAAUGGUAUGAGCAAUUUUACUCCAUACAGUAUUUAUAUUCUGUCAGUUUUUUUUUAUUCUGGCAAAUUAGAAGAAUAAUUGCCAUAGCUCCGGGCUGGAGUAGGAUAAUCUCCAUACUGUGGAACAUGGAGUUAAAGAAUUUUUAAAUGUCAGAAUGUUCCUCUGGAAAUCCUCCAACCAAUAUACUACAUCCAUCUAUCUAUAUGGAAGAUCUAUAGAUUGGGAAAAUUGUGAUUUCACAAUAAAGUAAUAAUAAAUAUGUUUUUCUGCAACCCACUUGCCUCGUAAAUGGAAUAAACAAAGGGGCCAAUAAAUAAUUAAAUGUUCAACUUAUUAUGUUGGGUUAACUGAUGUUCACAAACUAUCGUUCACUGUGACUGAUUCUCAAAAUUCUGAUGUAAAGAAUUAUUGAAGAGACC